AUGACCUUCAACUUCAGUAACGACUUGGCCUGCUACUCGCUUGCCCGGUCUGUAAACGUCCCGGCCUCCGUGCUCGAUUCUCAUCACUGUUCCUAUCGGGGUUCCCAGACUCUCAACGACACUUUUAAUGGGACCCAUUCUACCGCAAUCUCCGCUGCACGCCCGCCAUCACCAUCACCAACACCACCGACAUCGACAUCGACAUCCGCAAGGCCCACACAUACACCCACUGCAAUAUCUACAUCUACGUCUACUCCAUCCCAGGUUGAGCUUGGAAUGGAAUUGGGGAAAAAAAACACACUGAUUGAGACUCCGGCUUCUACAUCGGCAUGUUUCACAAAGUUGGACCUGCUCAUCCACACUGCCACUUCGGUCAGUCUCUCUCGUGAUAAUGGUGCCUUCCAUUCAACACACCCAUCGAAAUACCAUUCACUUGGUGCAACCCCAACUACCUCAUUGGAUUCCACCAUUCCGAGUAAGAGGAAAAUGCCAACGUCUUUACCCCCCUCCGCUAUUGCGGCUUUCCCAAUCGGGACGCCGUCGUGUUCGGGUACUUCAACUUUGGACUUUCUCUGCAACCACGCGGAAAAAGUACUGGCACAACAAAUGGACCACGCUAAUCAAGGACAAGAAGCUAAUACUAAGAUUGACAUUUUAGUAGAAACACAGGGGAACGUUUCAAAUAUAGAUACCAUUGACGUAAAUACAGCCCCUCAGACCAAUACAAAUGUACAAACUCCUCUCAGCCGUACUUUUUCAGCCGUGAAGAGGAGGAGAAAAUCAAACAAGACGUUGCUUUCUAAUAAUAACACCCCAGCUCUCCCUUCUUCUGCCUCUGCAUCUAAUCAUCUAGCCAUCAAGCUUGCAUCUCCAUCCAACCAUUCAAAGAGACAGAGAUCAGGACCAUCCUGUGAUUGUUGUAGAUCGAGGAAAAUCAAGUGUGAUUCAGAGAUUUUCAUAUUGUCCACUCUGGAUUCCAUCUCGGGGGAUGCUGAAACAAGGACCGACCAGCUUCCCAACUCAGACAUUGCCCACUGUGAAUUCAUAUCGUUGAAUCCAAAUACCGGAUACCAGUACUAUAAGAUCAUCAAGGACGAAGAACAUGAUCUCAAUAAUAGACUCACGUCUUUUAACUACUUACAGUUCAAACCUUGUUCUGCUUGCACAACAAAGAAUCUGAAAUGUUCCUUCUCUAAAGGCUUCACCAGAAAUGAUAUCAUCAAGUUCAACAAGUCGGAGAAAUCCAUGAAUUCAAUAGUAACCCCUGCAAAUUCUACCCUUUCAACUUCGGCCUCUACCCCAAUUCCUUCAAACCUACCUUCGUCAUCUAAUUCAGGAUCAGGAUCGGACCGCUCGUCACCUACAACACCUCUACUCAAACAGGAGUCAACAAACCCAAGGAAAUUAAAACAUUCUUUAAGGACUCCGUCACCAACACCAGCUUCAACGCCAACCCCAAACUCAUCGUUGGAUCUCCCCUCAGAUUACAAUAACUCUAAAUCAACCACAACGGCAUCGUCAGCGUCAGCAUCUUUAUCAUUACAAGCCUCAUCCACAUCAUUAGCAUCAUCAUCAUUAUCAGCAGCAGUAGCAGCAACUUCUUCUUUUACCGCACCAACUGCUGGGAAAUCUUCAAAGAAAACAUCUUGUAAUACUUGCAGGUUCAAAAAGAUCAAGUGUGUCAAAGUCGAAAAUGCCGACAAUUGUGGCUAUUGUCAGAAGAAAAACAUCAAGUGUCGAUUUGACUAA